AUGUGCCGCAUGACCGUGUACAAAGGCCUUGGGCUUGACCAGUCCAUACUCCUCGCGGACCUCAUCGUGAAGCCAAAGCACAGCAUCAUCCACCAGAGCUACGAUUGUCACGAACGUUUUCACAACACUGGCCUGCCACCGCAACUGAACGCAGACGGUUUUGGCAUCGGGUGGUAUGCUGAAAAGCUGUACAGUGCCAAGGCUCGCGACGAGUUGCUUUACAGUCCCAAACGUCGCGUAUCCCGCUCGUUCGACGGCGUCGUCGUCCCCCGCAAUAAGGAGUACGAAACGCCUUGCGUGUUCACGAGCAUUUCCCCUGCAUGGAACAACCGAAACCUUGUCCAGCUUGCUGACAAAGUCAGCUCACCGCUCUUCUUCGCGCAUGUCCGCGCCGCGUCGAUCGGGUCCCUCACGUCCGAAACCAACUGCCAUCCCUUUACGUUUGACAAGUAUUUGUUCAUGCACAACGGGGGCGUGUCCGAGUUUUACAAAAUCAAGCGCAAGCUGGUCGACCGCCUCAGCGACGUAGCGUACAGCAUGAUUCGAGGGAGCACCGAUUCCGAGCACUGCUUUGCCCUGUUUCUCACGCAUCUGGAAGAACUUGGGUCCCUCGACCAAGAGUUUAGCGGCAAGGACAUGCGCCAUGCCAUGGGCAAGACGAUUCGGACUUUGAACAUGCUCUGCCAUGCCGCUGGGAUCACUGAGCCAUCAUUGCUCAACUUUGCCGUCACAGACGGCGACACCCUCAUUGCGACUCGGUAUGUAAACGUGUCUUCGUCCGCCGCGGCGUCGCUGUACUUUUCGUCGGGAUCGAGAUGGAUCCAAAGUGUGGAGCGGCCAAAGGAGUACAUCAUGCAGCGGCACAACAAGGAAGAAAAGGUGUUUGUGAUGGCAUCCGAGCGCUUGUCCAACGAACCAAGCGACUGGCUCGAGGUGCCGAAGAACUCGAUCGUCACAGUGACAAAGGAAAUGAAUAUCCAAAUCUGCCCGAUUUUGACCUUACUCGGCGACGAACCCGAGCCGGAAGUCGUCCCGCAAUCCCCGGCCGUCCUGGAAAAGUAA